UUCAGGCUCCCACGAAUGGCCUCCCACCACCAACUCCACCACGCUCACCACCACCAACCUCAACCCCCCACCGCCGCCAUUUGCUGCACCAGCUCCUAUAACACCUGCUGCUGCACCCAAACCCACAACCCCUACCCGCCACCGCCACCAGCCACAGACCCACUUCUCCAAGCCCUCGCUUCUCAGCUCCUCCAAUCCACCCCACCAGAUCCCUACUCUCCCCACCACAAUCUCCGCCCCAAAAACCCUCACCACACCCACAAUGCCCACCACCCAAAACACCGUUCCCGCCAACAACCACCACAAGACCAACUUAUCUCCUCCCUCCUUUCCCGCAUUGAAGCCCUCGAAUCCUCCCUCCACCACUACUCCUCUGCCUCGCACUGCUCUCACUCUUCGUACUCCCGCUCUCUCAGAGACUCCGCCGCCCGAGUGAUUCAAACCCACUUCCGUGCGUUCCUCGUUCGCAGAUCCCGAACCCUCAGGCAGCUCAAAGAUCUCGCAUUUAUCAAGUCUGCUUUCACCUCUCUCAAAUCCUCGAUUUCCAGUGAAACCCACUUGGAUUUUCACGCCAUUUCUCAGAAAUCCAUCAAUUUACUUCUCAAGCUCGACACGAUUCAGGGCGGCGAUCCGAUUGUUAGGGAUGGGAAGAGGUCGAUCAGCAGAGAUUUGGUGAGGUUUUUGGAGUUCAUUGAUGGGGUUGUUAUGAAAAGGCAUGGGCUUUCACUGAAAGCAGUGAAGAAUGUGAGGUUUGGUCAAAAUGUUAACAAACCACGGGUUUUACCCGCCAAGUGCGGUCGCGAUAUGGGAUGGGAUCAGAGGGAGAAGAUUGAGAAUUUGAAGGAUAGGAUCGAGAAGAUUCGCGGGUUUGCUAGAAUUGCUGAGAAUGAUGAGGAAGAUGUGGAGCUUGAAGGAUUUCAGCGUGACAGUGACGAAGAUGAAGAAAACCUUAGACUUCGAUUUAAAAAUGGGGUGUUGGUGAAAAGGCAUGGGCUUCAACCUAAGGUCAAGAAAAAUGUGAGCUUUGCAGAGAAUGGGAAUGUGUAUCGGGUCUUUAGCAACUCCGAUGAACCAGUCUCGGGUUGGGAUGGGAGUGAUUCUAGUGAUGAUCAUGGAGAGCUUGUUGAGAACCGUUGCAGUGAGGUUGAAGAAGUUAAGGGCAUUGCUCAGGAGACUGAGGAGGACGACGAGGAGGCGCACACCGAGAAUGGCGAAUCACCACAGGCCAGUAGUGAUGGAGAAAGAAACCCCGGAGCUAGAAUGACUCCGAGAAGAGAAGAUAUGUAUGAAACCAGAGGCCGUGAUCAAGGUCAGAAUGAGUAUUUGCUAUUCUCAGCUCCUUUGCCGGUGAAGAUGGAGUCGAAAGCUGAUACCAUAAAGAGAAAUAAGGCUGUGAAACUUUGAAAUGAAGGGAUGUAACCUGAGUUUUUGUUUUGGGGUCUUACAAUUUUUGUGUGGCUCUCCGGGUGGACAUUAGGUCUUCGCCAUUGUAUGGUCCACAAAUGUCUUCUAAUAAUUAGGUUUUGAUCGAUUAGUGAACACCAUGUCCGAUGGGUGUUCGAUCCAUCCUUGCUGCUGCUGAGAGAGGGAGGCUGAAAACCAUUCUGUAAGAUGUAACCUUCCACCUGAAGUAUUCUAUGAAUUUUGGAAGAUGAAUUUAACCAAAUUUCUUUCGACUUUUUACCA